UUAAGUUUUUGUUUUUUUAAAAUAAGAUGGGAGUAAGUAAAAAGAAAUCAAGUAUCUUAUAACUUAAUUUUUGGUGUAAACUAUUUAUUUUCUUAUCAAAUUGAUGGACAUUUGAUCAAAGCACCAGAAUUUAAAGUUUGAUACUCAAGUGAGCAUUUCUCCCUCUAACUAUUGAAAAUACACCCUUAUGAGUCCGUUCGGUUCUAUUUGUACAGCCGACAGUGUCUGUUGAUGCCGGAUUUUUUAUGAAAUUGUGUUGAACCUGGCUCCAUCAGGCCUGAUCUGAUGAGUUUAUCUCUGCUGCUACUAAGAGCUUUUUGAGUCCAUCUUAAAACAGUUGCAGUUUGUGAGUUAGUUGGACAUGAAACUCUGUGGUCCCUUCAAGCACCUUCCCUCUAAUCAAUGAAGCCCCACCCAAAUUAGCAUGGCCUUCUGUUCCCUGAUUUUCUUGUCAGUCUUCUUUGCUCAGUUUUACUUAGGUGUGUGUUGAGAGGAGCAGCACAUCUGCUCAGUCUCUUGUUUUCUCCUUAGAAAUCGAUCUGUGUGGAAGCCACUGGAACAGAGCACCAUGGCUGUGAACAUCCCAGGAGUGAUAGUGAUGCUGAUUUUCUACCUGCUGGUCCUCGGGACCGGGAUCUGGGCUUCUUUCAAGUCCAAGAGAGAACAGAAGAAAAGUGGAGCAGGAGAAAUGGAGAUGUCUCUGCUGGGGAACAGGAGCAUCAACUGGAUGGUGGGGAUCUUCACCAUGACAGCGACCUGGGUCGGAGGAGGCAUGAUUGUUGGCACAGCAGAAAUCGUGUACACGCCAUCUUUGGGCCUAAUCGAGGCAGCCACGAUCAUACUUGGAUAUUUAACAUCUUUUUUUUUAUGUGGUCUGGUGUUUGCUAAACCACUGAGAGAACAGAACUGUGUCACCAUGAUGGACCCUUUCGAAGCCAAGUAUGGAAAAGUUCUGACAGCCGUUCUCUCCUUGUUCUUGCUUUUUCUGGAGUUGAUGUUAAUGCCCCUUACACUGAUAGCUUUAGGAGGAACCAUGAGUGUGAUCCUGGACUUGUCCUACACUGUGUGUAUCUGGAUCUCUGCUGCCAUUGCCAUCAUCUACACACUGCUGGGAGGUCUCUACUCUGUGGCCUACACUGAUGUCAUACAGCUGAUCCUUAUGUUCAUCAGUUUGUGGCUCUGUGUUCCUUUUGUUCUGAUGAACCCCAGCUGCACAGACAUUGGCCAGACACUGAUGAACAACACCUUACACACUCCAUGGGUUGGUUCAAUGGAACUGAAAAAGACUGGGCUCAUGAUCGACGAGUUCCUGUUUUUUGCUCUGGGGAGUCUGGGAUAUCAGUGCGUUCACCAGAGAACACUGGCAGCCUCAUCCUUAGGCACUGCCAGGAUCACAUGUGUGGUCGCUGCUUUCCUCCUUCUUGUGUUUACAGUACCUCCGGUCCUCCUGGGGGCAGCAGCAGCAUCUACAGAUUGGAACCAGACAACUUAUGGUUCUCCGUCUCCAUACGAACGUGGUGAAGCAGCUCUGAUCUUGGCCAUCACCCUGCAGCACCUUACUCCUUUUUUCAUCUCCAUCAUCGGUACUGGAUGUGUGGCUGCUGCUGUGAUGUCAUCAGCUGACUCAAUUUUGAUCUCUACAACUUCCAUUUUCACCUGCAACAUUUACAAGAACAUCCUGAGGCCAAAGGCUUCAGACAAAGAGAUUCAGUGGGUUAUCCGGGUUGCUGUACUGGUCAUGGGGUUGAUUGGUACAUCCCUUACCAGUCAAACCAACAGCACCUUAUUGUUCUGGUUCCUCAGUGGUGAAAUGGCCUACAUCAUAAUCUUCCCUCAGUUGUUCUGUGUUCUCUUUUUCAACAUCUCCAAUGGUUAUGGAGCUAUCAUGGGCUGUGUGGUUGGGCUGGUGCUCAGACUCCUCAGUGGAGUCCCAUCUCUAGGACUUCCUGUUGUCCUCCACUUCCCAGGAUGUGUCCUUGAGGAUGGAGUUUAUGUCCAGUCUGCUUCCUGAGAGGUGUGACGUGUUCAAGGUGAAAGUCCAACACUCACCACAGCAGAUGAGUCCAGUGCACGUUGCUGAGGAAAACCACGAGACUGAGAUGUUGACUAAAGACUGCUCUCAAAGGCAG